UGUUUCUGAAGCUAUAUGAUGAAUGAUUUACUGUAUAUUAUUGACGAGCUUUGUUCUGGGAAGUCGCGAGUUAGACAAUAAAGACAACUUGCCUUGGUUGUGCUCGAAUCUCUGAGAAUACCAGCGACAAAGACUUAGACAUGAAAGAACAAGAGGGUCCACACCUGUCCCCCGACCUGUCCGAACGAUUUCAGACCAACCUUUUCCCGAAGACUCUCGUCCAAGUCAUUAGAGAAGGUACACACGACGCGCAUACGAACCAACCCAAGACAGAUCUCGCAACAGCGCAAUCAGCCCCCGCCGAGAAACACAAGACCCUUACCCACAGAAUCACCAAAGCCAUGCAAACAACCUCCUCCACCUGGCGCUCCGAGAAGAGCGCCCUCGAAGCCCGAAUCCAUGCGCUCGAGACAGAAAACACACUCCUCCGAAGCACCCACGGAAUGUUCCCGUCCUCCCCCGACCGCCGGCGCAGUCCCCACGACGAAAGCCUCUCCCCGCGAAGAUACCGGAAGAAGACCGAAGAGCUAGAAACAAAACGAAACCCCACGCGGUGGACGUCGCCGCACAAAGGCCCCAAAACCGACACCAUGACGCUCACCCGAGGCAAACUCGAACAAGUCGAGCAGCGCUUCACAGACGUGACGGACGAACUGAAGCAGAAGAAACGACUCUGCGGCGACCUGCUUCUCCAGCUCCGCGAGAUCAAAGACGCAGACCCGAAGGCAGGGUCGUCCAUUGUGGACGAGACGCAAGUCGUGCAGCAGUGGUCUCGACUCCGCGAGAUGAUCCGGCUGCUCACACUGAAUCGGUUUAACAAACCCAUCGCUCGGAAAAUCAUCUCGAAUCAAGAGAGGAACGACUUCCAGACACUGUCGGGACACUGGCGCACCUACCUUAGCACCGAGGGACUCGUGGGCUACUUUUUCCGGGCGUUGAUCUGGCAACACCUGUACCACGGCCUAUUCCAUAAGCCAGGCGCUGUGUGGGGGUCGCGGGUCAAAGACGGGUUCCACGCGCUUAAUGAUAUGAUACAGAAUUGUGAGCGGAUUGGCACGGAUGAAUAUAUCAGCUGGCGGGUGCAUACGGGGCGGGUGUUGGGGAACGGGUUUCACUUUGAUGCCAAGGCUGUGGGGAGAGUUGGGGAAGGAAUAUACGAUGUGUUGACGCGGUAUGCAACGGGAGUGGAUACUGAGGCAUUGAAGAAGGCUGUGGUGGCGAUUGUCGAGCUGGGGGCGCAGUUGAGUGCUGUGUUUGCACGGUCAAGGAUCGUGCCCUUGAUGUCAAAUGAGCCGGGGAGUCUUUUGACUCGGGGGUAUCCGUUCAACGCCAAGACGAUGGAUCUGAAGGGCAAUGCGGGCAAGAAGCAGGUCGUCGAUAUGAUGAUUACUCCUUGCCUUCUAAAACGUAUUGACGACGAUUACUCUGUUUUGAUCAAGGCCGAGGUGAUUUGUUGAGUAGGUUUUAGAGACCAGUGAUGUGGUUUGCGAUGGUGUUAGUUAGCUGUGGUCAUUGGGUUGUUGCAGCUCCAAACGGCGAGAUGUACCUGCAACAAUCACAUCAAUCAAU